CUAGGCGGCUCAUUUGGGCUGCUUGAUCUUCACGCAUCUCAUGCUCGUUUAUAACAAGAAAACAAUCUAUUCCCUCUCAUACAGCACAUGUCAUGAGGAAUUCUUGCUUAGAUGACAUAUUUCAGAGGUGUCGCUAUGUUUAUAAUAAUGACCUGCCAAGUGGAUCAGUUGUUUCGCUAGAGAGACAUUAGCUGGCUAAUUAGCUGAUUAAUCUGCCCACUGACCCACAUUCCGCUUCAGCUGCUAUGAAUAACUAACCCGCGUUUAACUAUUUAGGUGGUAUUAAAAAUGAAUCUGAGUUUGAGUUGGGUAAUUAGUGGUAACGUUACUGUUUUGUUUCUGCAUCAGCAGUUUGGUGUGUUUAUCAUUUAAUGGUAAUGCUCAAUGGAGACGCUCAUGAGUGCCGUGGCCCCGCGUGCACCGGCUGCGACGGUGAAGCGGGUGUCCGAGGUGGACUUCCGCUCGGGCACGACUCUGGAGCAGCUGUCGGCUCAGGUGCAGGAGCUGGUGCAGCUGGAACAGGGGGAGUUUGGAGACCAGACCGCACUCGAGGUGCACACGGCCAAAGACUUCAUCUUUAAUAUGCUGGGCCUGGUGCAGAAGGUAGACAAGCGAUUGCCGGUUGCCAAUGAAUACCUGCUGCUAUCAGGUGGAGCCAGGGAAGGUGUUCUUGACCUUAACCCAGAGGACCUAGGUGACUACGCCAAAGGUGUUGACUUUGAUUUGGACUUCACUCUACUGGUGCCUGCUCUUAAACUGCAUGACCGAAAUCAGCCUGUGACUCUGGACAUGCGGCAUUCCCCACCAUGCCAUUCUUGGCUGAGCCUGCGCCUCUGUGAUCCUACAAUGCUGACUCGUUGGAGUAUCUGCUGUCAAGAUGAGAAAAAUGGAGAGAAUAAAGAUGUGGAAGAUGAGGAGGAAGAAACUGAAGCAGUACGAGGCUCAAUCCCAUCCCUGCAGCCUCCUCAAUCAUUAGAUGGAUGUUACUUCUCUCCGUUGCUGGUUGCCGAUUGGUUCUGGAGUGUAGUUGGGACGGCGGUAGAAGAGUUGCGGAGAAAUCCUCAAAGAGGGAUUCCUGUUCCUGAUCGUGUGGAGCGGAAUGGUCCACUAACAACGCUGAUUCUCACUGCAGGAACUAGCCGUAUCCUUUACGACUUGCUUCCAGUGGUGUCGUUUCGUGGCUGGCCAGCUGUCGCACAGGGCUGGCUCACGACCAACCAUUUCUGGGAUGGCAAAAUAACGGAGGAGGAGGCCAUCAGCGGGUUCUACUUGCUUCCUUGCUGUUCUCUAGCUGCCAGCCCCUCAACCAGACCUGACCGUGAAUGGAGACUUGCUUUCUCCCGCAGUGAGGUUCAGCUAAAGAAAUGUGUGCCCUACCCAAUGGCACAAGCCUUCCAAGCAGCUAAAGCUGUACUGUCAAGACUAUUAGCUCGCCCUCGCACCAGCCUUAGCCUCUACCACCUACGUACCUUGAUGUUUUGGGCUUGUGAUCGCUUGCCUACAACCUACCUUAGCUGUCCAGAUCAUGAGACUCCUGCACGGCUGUUCCUUGGUCUACUUGAUGACUUGGCUCACUGCAUUCUGGGCAAAAACUGUCCCAAUUACUUCCUCCCCCAGUGCAACAUGCUCGAGCACCUUACGGACAGUGCCGCCCUUUUAGUGGCACGAAAACUUGCACAUUUACGUUCCGAUCCUGCAGAGCACUUAAGAGCCGCUUUAGAGCAGGCACAACAGGCAUGCCAGCUCAAACGUGAGGCCGCAGUAGCUGCGAGCAAUGGCCAUGGGUUAUCAUCACCUACCCAUGGAUAUGGUGCGGGAUCACCACAGGAUGACCGGCUAGCACAACGACUACAACAGCUGGUGACAGAAAACCCUGGCAAGUCUAUUUCAGUUUUCCUCAACCCAGAUGACGUUACACGCCCGCAUUUCCGCAUUGACGACAAGUUCUACUGAGUGGACUGAGCUGGUUUACACACUGCCCAGGGUACAGAAACCCUAUACGACAGAACUUCUAGAAGACAUAGUCAUGUCACUGUGCUACUGUAUUACCAAAUAGUAAAAGAGUCUUCACAGAGGGGUUUCUUCCCUCUGUUUGGCUCAACUAGGCUGACUACAAUCAAAGUUGCUUGACACUCCAAUGAGGUAUUGUGUGAGUUUCACAGGUGUCACAAUGUCAGGGAGAUCAAAAUUAACAUAAGAAGGAUAGAUUUUAGUAAUGCGACUCGUAUAAAAUCGAAAUUCAGUCGCAUCCUAAGGAAAUCCCCAUUGACAGACUGCACAUCAAGUAGACUUGAUUCAAUGAUAUUCUUUAGAGUUCGAAAAGUUUUUUUUUUUUUUUUUUUUUUUUGCUUGCUACUCAAUACUACUGAGAAAAGAAACUAGUAUCUUCUGCUGUGUUCCACAGUAAAUCCCGAGGGCAGUAGAACUGGAAAACCAACUAGGCCAAGGUACAUUAUGAUGAAAUCGAAUGUAAUUUUUUUUUUUUUUUUUUUUUUUGGUAUGUGUGGAGAAGUUUGCGACUAUUGAUCACAUAAUCUUCUCUUUCUUUAGCCUGUCAGUUACCCUGCUUGCUCCCUUUCUCAGGUACUUUUUUUUUUUUUUUUUUCUUUCAACUGGUGAGUCUUGAGCUGUUCUACAGUCAAAAACAACAAAAGCAGAAAGCGAGAAAAAGAUGAGGCAUAACUCGCAAAUCUAGGCCUUGUCCUUUAUGUAUAAGAAGCUGUUGUACAGCCUGUAGAAAUAAUGUUUUUGAAACACAUGCUGUUCGACGCUAUUUUUUUGUUUACUUUUUUAGAUUCUUAAGUGAGAUGUGGGUGAUGGUCUAUCAAGUUUCAGACUGUUUUCAAUUAGUUGAUUAGGCAUAGGUUAAACUGACAACACUGAUUGAUGCAGAUUUUGUCUUGUUGCUUCCUGAUUGGAUUCUAAUCUGCACAUGAAUAAACAGUAUGUGUUAGUGUUAUUCUAAGGGCUUUUCUUUGUCAAUCAUUGUUGCAUAUGUGAUAAAACAAAAUAUGGAAGAUGCUUUGGAAAGUGGGAUUUUGUGGUGAUAAAGGGUUGCCAGCACUAUGUACUGGAAUAAUAGAGAGACAGAUCUAGAGCGGGCAACAGAGGUUUAGAGAAAGGAUAGAAGGAACGUGUAAAGAGACAGAGGAAUGCAUCCCAGUGUUUUUUGUGAUUGUGAAAGGGUCCUACAGUAUCUCGCUCUUGCAGAUUUGCAUUGGUAGCUGUGGGAGGCAGAGAUGGAUGAAGAAAGUCAAACGCGACGUCCACUGGAUAGAUUAGACCGAACCAAUGGGACUCCUGGGACUGUAGACAUCUGCUCUCAGUGCUCAUCUGCACUCAUUUUUGCUUUGUCUCCUUCCUAAAUCCUUCCCUCUUCAUCGGCCUCCAUCUCUGGCUGUUCUUGAUCCAUCUCUACCUCUUUGACUGUGCUCAAGGAUUAAAGAACAAUGUUACAUGUGUAUUCAGCAUAAAUCGCAUUAGCGCCCUGUGGGAGUUGGCAGACCAUUCGUGUGUGCUGCUGACAUGGCUGCUGCGCAAAUACAGAGCAAUCAGUAACAGUGUUGCCUUUGAAUGACAGCAAAAUGGCGAGGAGUAGGCUUUUUCUAGUGGAUUUCUUAUUCCAGUAUGUGAGACGGGAGACGUGCUACUGAAGAGAGUUUGUGUAGGGUUGCACAUGGUACAGGUAGGCUAUUAUACAUAAUGUCUGCUGUAUGCCAAGGAAAAGACACCAAAGAGAGUUUAAAGGACUGAUUGCUUAGAUUAAAUGUCAUGAAGGAAAACGGAUGUAUCUCUGUUGUAUAUUGUCAGGGUUUGACACUGUAUACCUUAAAAAGCCUCUUUAGUGGGUUUAAAUAUUGUAAAAUGCUUGAAUCGAUAUUUGUAAUGCUAUUUUAAAUGUUUUUCUGCAUAUUGACCGUUAUUUAGCACAAUGCCUGAUAUCAAAUGAAUAGUGGUACUAUGCAAGACCGAAUCAUCUCUAUGAAUGAGAUAUUAAGGCCUACCAUGUCUGUGAUCAUUACCCAGAGCGUUUUAUACAGUUAAUUCAUUGGGGGAAAAAAUUAAUGUUCCUGCCUCAGGGCAUGAUAAAAUGUUCCGGACGCAUUUCAGGUGAAAUAUCUGAAGGAAGCCAAAGCACAUAACUUUCCUUCCCAACUUUUUAAUGAUGUGGUCCCAGUGUUUCAUUAUCUGACAGCAAAAUCCCUUGUGUCAUGCUGUUGUGUACAAAAGGUUUUUUUGCCCUCAAGCGGAAAAGAAAAUAUGAAUGUAAACAACUUAUUUUACCUCUUGAAUUAAUCUUGUCAUCAACUUAAAUUCCCUGAAUUGAAAUGGAACAAUGCAUAUUUAAAUGGUACCAAAUAUUUAUAUAUUUCAUAUCAUUUCUCUUAUGUGCCUCAGAAGGCUUUUUUUUUUUUGUGCUGGGGUGGGUGGAAAUUGCCCUCUGUGUAAUCAUGUGUGAUGAUGCUGGUCGUAGCAUGAAAUAAAACAUUACAUCUAUGAGAAUUUGUACUGUUUAUUUAUAUUUAAUAUCUAUAAAUGUUGCUCAUCUCCGAUCUCAAAGAUAUUAUCUGUACUCUAACUAAAGACCAAUUUCAGUCAGGUUAAAUGUCUUGCUAUGUUAUAUUAUGUAUAAUUUUGUACUAACAAAUGUUUUUGUGUGUCUGUGACUAGUCACUUGUCUUGCUCUCCUGGGGAAACUAUCUGUAUGCUGGGCUAAAACAUGCUAGGAGCCUAAGUUUGCAGGUAUCACACCUAAAAACAAAGUGCAUUUGUGCGUCACAAUUUGAAGAUUUAGAAUUAAAAGGCAGAAUAAUCCUACCAAAAAAAGUCUUGACGUUUCGGUGCAAUCUCUAUGUGAAAUACAAUGUUGGUCCAACAGAGGAUGCUGUUUGACUACAAAGUGUUAGCUUGAACUGCAAGCAUUCUUGCUGUACCCAUUCUAGAUGUCACUGUAACUGCCAUAUCUCUGCUCGGUCUCACAACACAUUAUUCUGUAUUUGUACAUAAUGUAUGCAGAGUGGAUUCCAAAAGACUCCACAGUGAAGAUCUGUUGUUUUCUUUUCAUUUAAGCUUGAAAAUAUAAGGUAUGAGAUAAAAUGCAGAAGAAAGAAGGUUCUGUACAAUUUCUACAAUUUUCAAAUGUAGUUUGUG